AUGCCUUCAAGUCUGCCCUUCGUUCACCACCACCGAUCAACAACCAAGGAUAUUCGUGAACACCUUCAACAGCUCAAGGCAGUGGCACAAACACUCCAGGCUGAACAGCGCAGCCUCGUCGACCAGCUCCAAACCGUCAACGAGAGAAUGAGCUCCAACACCUCUCAGAUCUGUCACGUCAUGGACAACAUGGACAACAUGGAUGAGCGAGUCGUCAAGGACCACCGUUCCCAAAGCCAGCCGUUCUUUCAACGCGGCAUCAUUGAAAAUGACUUUGUCAUGGACGGUAUCUGCACCCAGAUGGGCUUGAGGCCACAGUUGAAGAACGCCGUCGAGGCCAUCAGCAACGACCAGGGGACAAGUGCCGACAAAAACCUCCUCCUCGUGGCAGUUUUGACCGAGUUGACAGGCGACCCGUAUGGCUUCGCCCACCGUGUCGCCCACCGUGUCGUUCAGUACCGUCAACGCCAUGAGCACAUCCGUGCAAAACCCCCUCCUCUUCCCAAUGUCACUUCUGCCUUACCGGCUCCUCCCACUUCGUCCUUGCGCGUUCUUGAGGCUCCGGGGGCCGGCGGGAGCACGAGCACCCCAUCCGCAGCAGAAGCGGCAGCGGUAGUACUCAGAGAUACGUCCAUCCCAUUGUCCUCACCCUCCGUCAAGUCUGAGACCAUUGCCUCCCCACCUCCCGACUAUGGUGCGAGUAUUCUACCAGCACCUCCCCUCGGCGAUACCCCUGGCGUCACUUCCGCGCCGGUGGAAACCUCUGCCAUGCGGCUGGCGGACCCAGGGGGCGUCGUCGCGCUCGGAAUGUCCACCCUUGAGAAGAAUUUUCCGGGACUGCUAGAGUCCUUGACCAGACCUCCCACGCCUCGCAAGAACCCCAUGCCGACGGCGGCAGGGGCAGGCACGAAGCGUGUCGCAGCGCCGAUAGAGAGCGAGCCAGCCCCAAGUCCGGGUGCGGUCAAACAGGGCAAGAAGGCCAGAAUCGACAAGGAACCAGCCAUCGCCCACACGUUUGUCAUGUUCAUGAAGAGCCUGGAACAACUCCAUCAGGGCGGCCAAGAGAUCACCGAAGUCAUCAAAUGUGUCCGCUGCAAGGCCAUCAAGCGCGACGCCCGGGUCCUCAACUGCCUGCAUCUGUACUGCCACCGCUGCAUCCUUCAGCUCCGCGGGGAAGCGUCCAAGGGCGAUGCGAUCCGCGGCUUCCAGUCAUUCUGCGUCAAGGACAACUGCACCCAAGUGGUCAGCGGCAAGACGACCGUGAUUGACGGCGAGAUCAUCGAGUUCCUGCAGUGGUACGACAAACAGCCGGCCGACGUGACGUCCUUCCCGGCACAGAUCCAAGUGCUCAGUUCUGCGGUAGCCAAGUAUCCCGAGGACGACGGCAUCCAGCGCAAAUUGGACCAAACCGAGAAGCAGUACAAAGCUCACCAGUCUAGCGGCGGCGGCGGCGACGUGCCGUGCGAUCUCAUGCAGAUUGCCAAGCUGGCGAGGAAGCCUUACUGA